AUGAGAUCAGCUGCUGGUUUCAUUGUGAUUACAUUUUGCCUGACUUGUCAUUUGGCAACGGCCAGACUUUUAGAACCAAACUGCGGAAUUCGCAUUGAAGGUGCCAGUUUUCGAAACAGAAUCAUUGGAGGCAGUGAUGUCAAGAUUACUGCCCAUCCAUGGAUGGCCUACCUGCACAAUGAUGGGCAUUACAGGUGUGCCGGAACCCUAAUCAAUCAUCAGUUUGUCUUGACAGCUGCACAUUGCAUAGAUCCGGAUAUUAAAUUGACGGUUCGUCUAGGCGGAAAUAAUCUUAGGCCCAGUGGCUUCAUGAUGUGCCAACCCGCAGCCGAGGACUACGAAAUUGCACGUGCAAUUAGACAUAAAUACUAUACACCCAGCAUUGCUCUGAACGACAUCGCCAUGUUGAGAUUGGCUAGAUCAGUGGAGUACUCUGUUUUCAUCAGACCAAUUUGCAUUAUCCUGGAUUCGGUAAUGGAACGUUUGCUAGAGGAAGGCAUGUCACUUACGGCUACUGGAUGGGGACGAACUGAAGAAGAAUCGUUGGCCACCGAUCUUCAGGUGGUCCCCAUCGAGCUAAUGCACCCGAACAUCUGCAGUGGUCUGUAUGAUGUUCCGCUGGGUCCGAGCCAACUUUGUGCGGGAGACAAUCAGACCAACACAUGCUCUGGCGACUCCGGCGGACCACUAGGUGGUAUGAUGAAUUACAAUGGGAAUAUGCGGUUCUUCCAGUACGCCAUAACAAGCUUUGGAGACCUUGAAUGCCGGGCCCCAAGUGUCUACACGGAUUUAAGCACCUAUUUCGAAUGGAUCGAAAAGGUGGUCAACUUAUUUGGGACUCAAUGAUCAGGUCAUCAGCUACAUUGGAAAGCUUAAUUUGUAAAAAUUAAUUACUUUUUGUUGACUGUAAAAUGUUCCAAAUAUAAGCCUGGUCUCUCGUUAAGAGAAUUUCUCGGAAUUUGACAAUAUAUUCAUUUUUGCAUGAAA